AUGAAGCUCUCGCUCGUUCUCGUCUCUCUCGCCGCCUGCGCCUCGGCCUUGGUGACUGACCGGUCUGCUGAGACCAAAACCCUCGUUGCCCGUGAAUGCGGUGCUGCCGACUCUUGCCAGGGAUGGGGUUCGGAUCUGUGCAAUGACCGCUGCAAGAAGUGCUAUGGAGACAGUGGAUACUACAAGAGAGGUGAAUGUGGUGGUCUGAUGUGGUACACUUGCUCUUGCUACUACGACUAG